AUCAGUUUGUGUAAUGUUCUCUUCAAGACUAUUACGAAGACGAUGGUAAUGAGAAUGAAGAAGAUUAUAACAAAACUCAUCGGACCGGCUCAAUCCAGUUUUAUUCCGGGUAGGCUUAGUACGGACAAUAUUGUUGUCGUACAAGAGGCAGUACAUUCUAUGCGGAGGAAAAAAGGGAGGAAAGGUUGGAUGUUGCUAAAACUUGACUUGGAGAAGGCGUAUGAUCGUAUACGAUGGGAUUUCCUUGAGGAUACGCUAAGAUCAGCGCGACUACCGGAUAGUUGGGUACGAUGGAUUAUGCAAUGUGUGACGGGCCCGUCUAUGACAUUGCUGUGGAAUGGGGAGAAAACAGAACCUUUCAAGCCGUCAAGAGGGUUGAGACAAGGAGAUCCAUUAUCGCCUUAUCUCUUCGUCCUUUGUCUUGAAAGAUUAUGUCAUCAAAUCGAAUUUUCGAUCGCAGCCAAAGAGUGGAAACCGAUAAGUUUAUCGAGGGGUGGACCGAAACUGUCACAUGUAUGUUUUGCAGAUGAUCUAAUACUAUUCGCGGAAGCAUCAGUCUCACAGGUUAGAGUAAUUCGGCGUGUUCUAGAGCGCUUCUGCGUAGCAUCAGGACAAAAAGUUAGCUUGGAAAAAUCCAAGAUCUUUUUCUAGGAGAAUGUUAGCAGAGAAUUAGCGGGUCUUAUAUCGGCGGAGAGUGGAAUCCAAGCAACACGUGAAUUGGGAAAGUACUUAGGGAUGCCAGUGUUACAUAAACGGAUAAAAAGGACACUUUUAGUGAGGUUUUGGAAAGGGUGUCAUCGCGUCUAUCAGGCUGGAAAGGACGUUUUUUGAGUAUGGCGGGAAGGGUAACUUUGACGAAAGCGGUCUUAUCAUCCAUACCAGUACACUCAAUGAGUACAAUAUUGAUGCCGCAACACUCAUUAGAUCGUUUAGACAAGAUGUCUAAAGAUUUUAUAUGGGGGAGCUCACCGGAAAAGAAAAAACAACAUUUGAUCGCAUGGGAUCGGGUCUGUUUACCAAAAGCAGAGGGGGGACUGGGAAUUAGACAAGCUAAGAAGGUGAACAAAGCUUUGUUGGCAAAACUGGGAUGGCGUUUGCUACAUGACAGAGUCAGCUUAUGGGCGUGUGUGAUCCGAAGUAAAUAUCACGUGGGGGAUGUCCAUGAUCAGAACUGGACCAAACCAAAGUCUACUUGGUCUUCUACAUGGAGAAGUCUGAACACGGGAAUGCGAGAAGUGGUAAUCCCAGGUCUGAAUUGGGUAAUUGGAGAUGGAAGACGGAUCCGAUUUUGGUCAGACAAAUGGGUGUUAAAUACACCACUGCGGGACUUGGCGAUUUGUGAAAUACCAAGUGGGCUUGUGGAGGUGUCGGCUCGUGUCCUAUGGAAGGAAGGAGUAGGCAGGGAUUUAGCUAAUAUCGAGCCUUAUGUCCCGCAUUCUAUAAGGCUAAGAUUGGCAGCAGUUGUUCUUGAUAAUGUCACGGGGGCGAAGGACAGAUUGUCUUGGGGAGAAUGCGCCGAUGGGAAGUUCACAGUGAAGUCAGCCUAUUCACAGUUGACAAGAAUGGAGACGCCAAAACAGAGCAUGAGUGUUUUUUUUCAGCGUAUAUGGAGAGUAGGAGCUCCGGAGAGAAUUAGGUUGUUUCUUUGGUUGGUAGCUCACCAAGCAAUAAUGACGAAUGCAGAGAGAUACAGGAGGCAUCUAGGGGAUACGGAGAUAUGCCAAGUCUGUAAAGGCGGGACUGAAACUAUUAUACACGCGCUUAGAGACUGCCCGGCUAUGGAAGGUAUUUGGACCAGGACUGUUCCGUUAAGGAAGAGACAGAGCUUCUUCGCAUCAUCCUUGUUGGAAUGGUUGUAUGCGAAUCUAGGGGAUGAGACGGAGAGAGAUGGUAGCAAGUGGUCCACGAAGUUCGCGGUGAGUGUUUGGUGGGGAUGGAAGUGGCGGUGUGGAAAUGUUUUUGGGUCAAAUGGUCGUUGUCGUGACAGAGUAAGGUUUCUUAAGGAUCUAGCUCAAGAAGUCGAUGUGGCAUAUUUAAAUAUGGCGGGAGAGGCAGGGCAGCCACCUCGGGUGGAACGGCUGAUCUGUUGGAAGCCUCCACGGGAUGGUUGGAUGAAGUUGAAUACGGAUGGGGCCUCGCAUGGAAACCCGGGGUUAGCCACAGCGGGAGGAGUUAUGAGAGAUGGGGAUGGGAAUUGGUGUGGCGGUUUCGCCUUGAAUAUAGGUAUAUGUUCAGCCCCUUUGGCCGAGUUAUGGGGCGUUUACUAUGGCCUAUAUAUUGCUUGGGAGAAACGAAUUCGCAAGUUGGAGGUAGAAGUGGAUUCGGUGGUGGUGGUCGGUUUUCUUACGAUAGGGAUUGAGGAUUCUCAUCCAUUAUCUUUCCUAGUACGUUUGUGCUACGGCUUCUUAUCAAGGGACUGGUGUGUCCGUAUUUCUCACGUGUAUAGGGAGGCCAAUCGUCUAGCCGACGGAUUGGCGAACUAUGCGUUUUUGUUACCUUUGGGUUUUCACAUGUUUCAAGGACGACCGGAGUUGAUGAACUCGAUUCUUUGUGAAGACGCUCGAGGAUCUGCAACUCCUAGAUUUGUUAAUUUGCUUUUCAGUUUUAAAUAAAUGGUGGGAGACUUAUCUCCCCCUUUCAUACCAAAAAAAAAAAAAGUCUUACUUACCACAUUCAAAUUUAAGAGAUGAUAUAUCUUAUAUUUGGAAAAUGAUAUAUUAGCGACUUAAAAAAUUAUUUUACAGAAAACCCACCUUUUAAUGAUAUAAACUGCUACAAACGCAUCUCGAAACUUGAAUGGGUAAUUCGUAUAUUUGGAAAAUGAUAUAUUAUCCGUACUCUUACGAUUUUACCCGUUAAAGUAAUUGCUGGAAAGUGGUGUAAAUUUGCGCUAAGUAUGGAACAGAAACAGUUUCGAGAUUGGUUAUUGCGGGCAUCGUUUGGAGGUUGUAAUGAUGUCCGAUCGAGCUGAAACUUUGUGGAGUUGUUCAUGGUAUUGUGAGCUAGAUAAUCAACGGUGGGAUUACGUUUUUAACGGUUAGUUCUUGACUUAUGAUUAUGUUUCCGAGACAGAUUUCAUAGAAUAAAUGGUGACGCGUUUGUAUUGUUGGUUGGGUAAACGAGCUCGGUUUGAGCUGAAGCUUUGCAGGAGAUUUCAUGACUCUUGGAGUAAGGUCUUGGUGGAUGUAGAACUACAGUGGAGCUAAAGACCAUGUGGUUGCAGUUAAGACAUUAAGUUUGUCUAAAGGAGAAAGGAGUCGAGAGAUGUUAUACAUCUUCAACUAGGCUAAGGUGAAUCAGCUUCAUGAGUUGUUGUGCAAUGUUUUGUUCGUGGGUGAAGUUUAAAGAAAAUGUUUUGGCAAGAUCGGAUGAAUAACAUGCUGUCUUGGCCUAUAUGGCGGGACGAGUGUUACAAUAUCCAUGGGACGGUAUAAGUUUUUUCGUUCGAUUCUUUUUUCUAAUUCCUUUAUAUGAUUUUGCACUAUGUCUCUUAUCCUCCUACUCUUAAACAUCAAAUUAACUUUUAAAUCAUAUAUAUGAAAGGAGGCUAUCUCUCUCCAUCCUUUCGCCUUGUCAGCACGGGAGAGAGUGCCACAUGUCCUUCAAAAAACUUAAACUUCUCGCCUCCUUAUCUACGUUUUAGAAGCUGGGAAGCUUGAACAUUCGAUUGAGACCCAUCACCUUCAUCUCUAAAUAUGAUAUAACUGAUCCCAUGCUACCCUUGAUUCUCCCAAACUUCAUAGUCGUCGGCACCAAUAACAUUCAAAUUCUCUAUUAUUCGACAAUUGAACCGAAGGCUUCAUAUCCAGCUUCUCGAUUUUCAGGAGAAGAAGACGUGAUGGAAGAGAAACCACUCGGAAAGGGCCUCGAUUCUGGCAUUUACAAGGCUUUUGUGGUCGCUUCUAAAACCGAAAGGAGCAGAUUGGAUGUGAGCUUUUUGGAAUGUGAUGAUAUAUCGUGGAUAUCUGGUUCUGAAACUUGAGAAGAGUUUCAGACGAACCCUAGGCUGAAGUUAAAUGGCCCAAGAUCGAUUUCAGGUCAUGCGGAAGCUGUUCUUUAUGUUUCAUUUAUUCCUGAUGGCAAGCAAUUAGCAAGUGGGUUAGGGAACACCAUUGUUAGGCUUUUGGAUCUUAAAAGUGAAACACCAUUGUUUACUUUCAAAUGUUAAAAGGUUCCCUCGCUAUCUUCCUGCAUUUUACUCCCCUCUGUAGCUUUCUAUUAAUAGUUAUAAAUUUUGUGUAAAUGAGUAAAAAGAAGAGCAGUUUUGGAAACUCGUUUACUAAUUAAAUUAGUAAACUUUUGUGUUUAAUUAUUUGUUAGCUUUACGUGUAUAUAUAUGUUCAGAUGUGGGGAAAGAUGCUUCUUACUACGUUUCUCAGAUAAUACUUUCACUACAAGUUUCAUUACUACCAUUGAGUAUCUCUUCUUCUACAAUGGUGGUUUACUUAAAGAUUAUCUAAUUACAUUUGUGUCUAAGUUUGUGUAUUACUACCUUUUUUUUCCUGUUCCAGAAUUGACUUCAAGAUAAGAACUGUUGAACUUAAUGGGAAGCGUAUCAAUAACGUUUUAAAACUAUAACUACAGAGAAGAAGAAACAUACUCGGAUUCUGGAAACAACAUCUCUUUGGAAGGGAUUUCUGCAGAAAUUUGUCAACCCACCCAUCUGCAUCAAGAUCAAAGAUGACUUCCCUGUUUAUAGAGUCGAUUAUGAAUACUGAUAAAAUGUUAGUUUGAUACCCUUGAAGGCGAUCAUGGAGACUGCGAAUAUGUUGAGUAACGCAAAGAACCAAGUCGUAAAAGCAAAUCCUGUCGCUCUUAGUUUCUCUGAAGAUUUCAGCACCAUGCUUAUGAUCCCAAGCCUGUGACACUGACACACACCACCAAUUUUGUAAACUAAUUACUCUGCUUUAUAACAACUCAAAAAGUGUGCACACACACACCAAUUUUGUAAACUAAUUACUCUGCUUUAUGGAAUUAUCUAUAUAGUGUCGUCACACUUUAUCCCA